AUGGAUCGUUUCGCUCGGCAGCUGCACGUUACUCCCAGUACUUCGAAAUUGGAGGUUCUUACUCCGAAUGAGAAGAAAAGGAUUGUGAAGGUUGAAAGGGAGCGGCGUCGCUUGAUAAGAUAUGUCCAGGUUCGUCAGCAAAGCAGCCAAAAUGCCUUGAAAAUUCGAACAAAAGUGAAAUUCGAAAAACAAAAAGAAUUAUCAUUAUUGAAACAAGAACUUCGAAAAGAAAUAAGUCGUCGUUCAUAUCUGAAGCCCAUUUUAUCGCCGGUACAGCUGAAUUUUACCGGGAAGGACGAAACCAUGUUUUUUGGAGCCAUAAACUGCUCACUUCACGGUUAUUUGAAUACCGAUGGCUUCUGGUUAGGCGCUAUUAGGCUUAUAUCACCUCCGCGACGAGGAAGUCGCAAAUUAACCGAAGAGGAAAAUCGUUUAAUAGAGGAGAGGAGCAGAGAGGCUUUACAGAAAAUAAAGAAGCAAAGGGAGGAGCAUCGAGUCAAGUUUGAAAAAGCGAAUGAAUUGAAACGAAAAGCAGUUAGAGAGGCAAAUUUCCGCUCAAAACCAAGCCCUCAAUGA